GGCUGAGGUGCCUUUGGCUGGCUGUAAUCGUCUGCUGCGUGUGAUGGUGUGAGGUAGAUGGUGCUUAUAACAUUCUCGUAGUAUACGCGAUCCUUGGCUAGUCUGGGUCAAUGAACAGUACAACGUGAACUCUACCGCCGGCGCAAUGCCGACUACCUCUUCUUUUCCCUCCUUCGAUGUGCCCAACGUAGAUAUAUGGCAAUUCAUUUUCGAAACUCCGCGAGAGGGUAACUUUCCUGAAAGCCAAGUCAUCUACCGUGCCGUGGACGACUCCCGCCACUACACUUUUGCCCAAGUUCGGAGAACCGCAGAACUACUCGGCGCUGCUCUACACAACCAAUACCACAUAGGCAAGGGUGACGUUGUCUGCGUCUACUCACCCAAUGAUGUCGACUACGGUCCCGUGGUCUAUGGUGCCCUCUGGGCAGGCGGCAUCAUCGCUCCCGCAAAUCCUGGAUACGGAGCCAAGGAUCUGGCUUUCAUGCUCACCAACUCCGGCGCUAAAGUCAUUGUCACGCAGAAACCGCUGCUUGAGGUCGCUCGUGCGGCGGCCGAACUGGCCAAGCUGUCCGAUGAUUGCAUCAUCCUAAUGGGAGACUAUACGGGCUUAUCGAACAGCAAACCGCCGCACUUCAAGUCCUUAGUCAAGUCUGACAGCACAUCUCAGAGACCUGCCCGCUUAGAUCCGCACAACGACUUAGCUUUCCUAGCCUACAGUUCCGGCACCACCGGUCUUCCCAAAGGCGUCAUGCUCUCCCACCGCAACAUCAUCGCCGACGUUCUCGGCAUCCGUGGCUGCGUUGGAUCAGAGAACUACGGCUGGAAGAACGACCGCAUCCUGGCCAUCCUUCCUUUCUUCCACAUCUACGGGCUUACGGGGCUGUUGCACCAACCCUUACAUCGUGGGCUGGAGAUCGUGGUCAUGCCUGCUUUCAACCUCAAUGAAUUUUGCACGGCUGUACAGAGGUAUAAGAUCACUUUCACCUAUGUCGCACCCCCGGUGUUGGUACAGUUAUCGAGGGGUAGGGAAGUGAAGAAGUACGAUCUUAGUUCGCUAAGGAUGAUUACUUCUGGAGCCGCACCUUUGACGAAGGAGUUGGUGGCUUUCUUGCACGAUAAGAUGGGGUUGAAGGUUAAUCAGGCAUAUGGGUUGAGCGAAACGAGUCCGAUGACACAUACUCAACCCUGGUCCGAAUGGUGGUCCUCCGUCGGCUCCGUCGGAAAGCUUUUCCCAAACAUGAGCGCCAAGCUCGUUUCAGGAGACGGCCGUGAGGUCCAGGCUGGCGAGACCGGCGAGCUGUGGGUGAAAGGUCCGAACGUAUUCAAAGGAUACUGGAAGAAUGCGGAGGCUACAAAGAACGCCAUCACAGAAGACGGCUACUUCAAGACCGGCGAUGUCGGGCAUCAGGAUGACAACCACAACUUGUACAUCACGGAUCGCAUGAAGGAGUUGAUCAAAUGGAAUGGCUUCCAGGUCGCGCCAGCGGAACUUGAGGGCAUCCUGCUUGACAGCCCGCUAGUCGAUGACGUCGCCGUGAUUGGCAUCCACGAUGCCGCCGAGCAUACGGAGCUUCCGCGAGCUUACGUUGUGCCCGCUUCCGGUCGUGAGCCUUCGGAGGCGCUGGGGAGGGAGAUUGCGGAAUGGAUGAGUGCACGGGUGGCGUACUACAAGAAGCUGAGGGGUGGAGUUAGGUUUGUGAAGGAGAUCCCUAAGAGUCAGGCGGGGAAAAUUUUGAGAAGAGUGUUGAAGGAUAUGGCGACUGAGGAGGAGAGGCAGGGAAGGGCGAAACUUUAAGUGGCCUGGUCUUCGCCACGAGGACGGAAGGAUUACGGGAGCUUGUCCCGAGGCAUCCGGUCGCUCGGACGAGGAGCUUCGCUUCGAACUGGAGGAACUUUGCGCUCGUCUGCCUGACGCUGGAAGGCCAUACUCAAGCAGAUGAGGUGCGGAGCUGGAAAGGCUUGUUGCGCGUGCGGAUGUAAUCUG